AACGUGGCUAUGAGACAGGUUAUUUGGAGUUCGUUCUUUUUCGGAUUAAGUUUAUUUUUGCUUAAUAACCUUUUUGCUAAUAAACGUAAGACGGUGUUAUUGGACAUAGACUCUAGCAAGGAGUAUGGCAGACACAAAUCAAACUUUGUUUUCUUUCGAGCUCUUUGUGGAAUAUGUUAGCGUUGAUAACACUCGUAAAAUUAAUAUGGAGCCUGCAGUUGCCAUGCGUCUCUUGGAUUUUCCCACGCUUUUGAUUUACCACUCAGAAAAUGAUGACCCUUCAUCAAAACCAGUUUCUGAAAAAGUACACUUACUGUCUGAAACGUACUUGUAUUCCGAGGAAAACAGUUUUGUAUAUUCCUUCAAAAAAGGCAAGUCAUGCUUGUUUGAAAUCAAUCUAAAUUCACUCCACGCUCAUUUAUCGAACACCCCUCUCUAUACCAUGCUGCUGGAUGUAAGCGGUACUAUUCCGAAAUUAAUUGGAAGUUCGGUGAUAUCUCUUGCAAAACUGACCAACCGCGUCAAGCUAGACGUAGAAAAACGUGGAAUUUGGACACCAGCGUCUUACGGGGAAAAAGUAAUUAGCCCUAUUUUGAAUCUCAAGGGUGAAAAUAUAGGAGCAAUUUCACUUGCUUAUAAAAUAGUGAGUUUAGGGGCGAGUUUAAUUCCUCGGAUAUCCGAGAGCAAGCUCGAUGAAAUAUGUGCCUCUCUGAAACCAAACAGUACAUCUACAGAGAACAAUGGAGCAGAUGAAAUUCAACCAUGCUUGCCUGAGAACGUUACCUGUAAUGCUCCCUCACAGCCAGAUGAGCAAUCAACAGAGGUUCUGUUGUCUGAGACAAAAGUAACACAUGAUGCAGCAGAGACUACCCAGACUGAAUACAUCAAAAAGAAAGAUAUAUCAGUUGUUACUGAAGUAGAAUGUGGUGAACUGCUGUGGCAUACAUUUUGCCCUCCACCUCUAUUUUACUGUUGCAGAGAGAAAAAUCGACAUGCUGAAAUGGAAAGUUUCAGACUGGCAAAUCUGAGCAACAAGCAUACAGAGGAUAUGGUGACGUCAGCUGAAAUGGAAUGCACUUAUCAAAUAAAUGGACCAAAGAGGGGUGAACAGAACAGGCUAGUUUCUGAUGUAGCAGUACAACAUAGUCACACUGUGCCUUCUUUCCUUGGGGAUGCCAUUCUACAGUUGCCUCUACUGAAUGCUCUUAUUGGUGAACUUUCACAUCUUAGUGACCAGACACAUCAACAGCAACAUCCAUUUUCAGUUCCCCCCAAUCUAGUAUGGUUGUGUACUUCUGCAGAACAACCCUCUCCUACCCCUGCUUCAGGGAAUAUAGACAAAACUGGGUACCUGAAAACCGCUGCUUCUCCAAUUCAAACAGCAGUUCAAUUACUUAGUCCUAGACAGAGUACCUCUCAUGUGCCCCUUAAAGGUCAACAAGAAAGACCAUACCACAAAAGCAAGCUUGGGUAUGGCUUAACUCGUACCUUCCAUCUUCGACUUAAGCAGUACAUCAUCAGAUGACAUCAGAUUGUCGGCAUCCA